GGUCUCCUGCCUACUCUUCCAGUGCCUUUUCCAAUCUCUUGGGCUGCAUAGCACUAGGCGUGUGUGUGCUGAGAGGAAGAGAAUAUGCACUGGAGAUCCCAUAGACAAAGGAGCAGAGAGGGUGGGUGACAGAGAUAGAAGUGUUAUCUGUCACUUCACUCUGCUCUACUCAACUGAGCUAGAUUAUUAUCUCCCCUAAGAGGCAUAUCCCCGCCCUUAUGGAAAUGAUGAAAUAUUUGUGACAGACCUCCAGUGACAGAGAAGCUUCCUGGUCUGGUUGGGGGGUAGAGGGCAGUGGGAGAGAUGUUUCCAUAAGGACUCUGCUGAAACAGGCUGAAAUCUGACCUUGCUUGUGGUCCAGGGAUGUGUCUGAACCACCUGGGGUGAGACCCCUACCAUGCUGAUCAGAGAUGAAGGGAAUCUGGAGAUGACUUUGCCAAAACCCAGGACAAAGUGUACUUAAAGAGAAUGCCCACAUUUUAAAAAGCUAAUAUCUCUGCUUUAGUCACCACUUUGGUGACAUGCUCUGAACACUUCCCACAAGCCUGGUUUAUAUAAAGAUCUUUAUAAAUAGCAUAAUUCAUGAGCCUGCACAUGAGCUUUGUGGAACAGAUCCCAGGGCUGGCAUCCAGGGAGAGAAAAGCCAGGUAUCAGAGCUUGUCUGCAGAGAAUCCAUACUCAAAGUCCAGGGGUCCUGACCAGCUGUCUUGCCUCCUAUAGAUUCUAGAAGGGCCCUACAGUUGGUGUUUCUAGCCGAGGAGCACCCAGCCUGGUUCCUUUCAGGCCUCUUUCCCUGCUGCUCCUGAGAACCUGAGCCCCACUCACUUCAGCGGCUGUCCUGCAGAAGCUCAUCAUGCUGUCAGAAGGUAUGAAGCUCUGGCAUGGCUUGGUGAUUGCAGCUGUGUCUCUCUGCCUGCAGGCCUUCCUCCUUGCUGCCAUCAACUACCUGCUCAGCCGCUACAUGGCCAACGAGACAGAGCGGAUGCUGAAAAAGUUCCAGCCUCAGCCCCAGUCCAGGUCCAGCCUUGCUCACCACCGCCCACCUGCAGCCCAGGAGAGGAAGGAGGCUGAGAGAGGCAUCCCUGAGUCUGAGCCUCAUGACAGGCAUGACAGUGACACCUCCUCAGGCAGCUCUGAUAGCUCUCCUCCUACCUGCCAGGCCAUCAAGCAUGUGACUUACACAGAAGUUGUCUUUUCUGACCUUGGAGAAUUGGAAAAUGAAUCUUCACUGGACUAUGAGAACAUAAUGGAAAACACAGAUUAUGUCAAUGCCAGUCCAAAAAUCCACAAGUCCAAUUUCUGGACUUCUGUGAAUCCUUCGGUUUCUAAACCAGUAGAAUACACUCAAGUAGCCAUGUGAAUCUUGUAGAAGAAUUUUGUUUUUCUUUUUCAACAACAUGGGGGACUGGUUUAUUGAUUAGUAAGAAAGAUUCAAAUAGUAUAUGAGAAAGAACUUCUAAGUUAAAUAUGAAGCCACUGGGACAUAUCAGUAGAGAAUGGUGUGAAGUUUUAUUCCCCCAUAGAAACAUUUUUUAAAGUUUUAUUUAUUUUAUAGAAAGUAUGAUAAUCAGAUCACCACUGACAUAUGCAGUGACAGAGAUUAGUCUUUCCUUUUUUUUUUCUUCCUAUUUUAUUGGAUAGCACAGAGAGAAAUUGAGAGAGGGAGGAGAGAUAGAGAAGAGAUAAAGAUAUACAACUGCAGGCCUGCUUCACUACUUGUGUGAAGUAUCCCACCUGCAGGUGGAGAGUGGGGGCUUGAACCCUGGUCCUGUGCAUGGUAAUAUGUGCACUUGACCAGAUGUGCCACCACCCAGCCAGCCCAUAAGCUUUUAAAAUGAUUUUAAUCAGUUGUAGUAAAGUUGUAUUUGGAAAUUUUAUAACCAAGGUACUCUUUGAGCUCUUUAAUUACUGUAAGUAAAUAAACAACUUCCUUAAAAGUUCUGUGAUUUUGUCCAUAUUUUCUAUUUUUAUUUUAUAA